AUGGGUCAUUCUCUUCAUCCGUUUCUUGCGAGAUCUGCUAUGUGGAUUUUCUCUAGGAUCUGGAUUUCUUUGAGCUUAUGUGAGGUCCAAAUCUCAGUUUGGGCAUGUACAGAUAUUCAAUCAGACCUCAAAGAAAAGUGGGAGAAUUCUGCGAGAUCAUCUCUUUCAGAAGAAGCCACUAUCCUUACAAGGUGGGAGCAGCUUAAAAAAUCGCUUCUCUUCAAGAAACAGAAUGCUCCAGACUGCGGAUGUCGGGUCUGUGUUCCUAUCGACCCGAAGAAGUGCGAUGAGUUUGAUCCAUUGGCAGUGCCAACACUUUCUCAGCUAAUAGAAGAAAUCAACUCAGGAGGCCUCAAAAUGGAUGUGGAUGAUUAUGCUGAGCCAGAGUCAGAGAGAAGUUUACUUGUGAAAUCAGUCAGUUUCUUCAGAUCCUCCUUCCUUGAACCUUUACUAAAGUCCUGCAAGGAAGACAUAGAGAGUUCAUACAAAACUAAGAUUGACAAGACUAAGGAUUCAUUCAGCUGCAUGGCAUCAUCUCCUAGAGAAACCUGGGCGGCCGACUUGGAGAAAAUCAAGCGAAAAUAUCGCGAAUUUUGUGAUCGCGAAGCUGCUCAAGCUAAUCGUAGAGCUUUGUUAGCCCUUCUUUUUGGAAAACCUAAGGAAGAUGGAUAUGGCCCUGCAGGCUUGGUGACGCGGACGCCAAAAGAAAGAAGAUGUCCAGUGGAGAAGAUGCUUCAUGAUGGUGUCAGGAGGCGGCGGAGAAACCAAAAUCAGAGACUAAUGAGUAAAGACUAA